AGUGAUUAAGAAACAUAUCAGUGGAUUUAUGUUAUUUGUGAAAUUGACUUCAUAAACAUGAACUUGUACACUCCUGGAGAUGGACUCUUCGAGACGCAUGUGACAUGGAAGGAUAUCGAAAAGGAUAUGCAAAGGGAAUUGCAUACAAGCGCCUUUUUCGGUCCGAAGAGGACUGCAAAAAAUAUUGCAGACGGCAUUGGCUCUGUGUCCAGAAUUGUACUCAUAGACCCCGACUGGCAGAAUGCAGACAAGCAGCUCCCAGCAAAGUUCAUAGUCAAGAUUCUUACACAGCUGCUUAUGGCUAGACUGAUAGCAGAAGCGGGUGCAGGCAGCGAUUUUGACUCAAUUUUCGAAGAGCUUCAGAGAACGCUGCACAAUGGCGAGGUGACCGUCUACAAUCACCUCAUAAGCUAUGGACAUAAAGAUUUUCCCAUACCCAAAAUUUACUUCAUGAAAAAGUUCUCUGAAUCUAAUUCUGUGAAAGGCUAUAUUAUCAUGGAGUAUUUAGACCUCAAAACAAUGAAGAUCUACAACAGCGUCACUGUGAAUUCUGUAAAAGAGGUACUUGCUGCUAUUGCAAUCAUGGAAGCAAUGUCUCUUAAAUUUACUCCAGAGGAGAAAAAAGAGCUUACACGGUCCUUUGAGCAAUUCCAUAAAGUACUCUUCAAGGAGGACCUUCUUGUCAACGCUAUGAGAACACUUCGGACAUUUGGCGAUGAUAAACUGUGCGAAAAGGUUGAGAAAAUGGAAGAAAUUCUGAGUGACAUUACGGAUCCAGUUAAAUUCGACCAGCUGCCAGAGAUUCUAGGAAUGCAACGUGUCUUAUGCCACGGUAACUUAUCGAGUGCAAAUAUGCUUUGGAAACAAAAUGGCAGCAAACUAACAUUGGCUGCUAUGAUAGACUUUCAGGCUGCUCAUAUGGGAAGUCCAGCUACAGACAUAGCAACAAUGCUUAUAUUUUGUCUUAGCGGCAAAGAGAGACAGAAGCACUGGGAAGAGCUUCUCGAACAUUUUCAUGUACAAUUGAAAAGAGAGAUAGGAGAUAUGAACAUGCCCUUCAACCUCGAACAGCUCAAAGAAGCAUAUCGUCAAUAUUUUCCUUUUGCCGCCACAUCAUACCUUCCCUUCAUCGCCCCUGUAGUCGAAGCAAUGUCUAGGGAUUCGAAUGAGCAACAAAAGAAAGAGCACCUGGGCGUUUUGCUAGAAAAGACAGAACGUCUACUGGAUGACACCAUUCAUUACUACGAACAUUAUAAGAGAAAAGCAAUGAUGCCAAGAAUUACGGUUGUAAUCAGCGAUCACUACUAG